GUUUCAACCCGAUCUCCAACCUUUCAUGUGAAAAUCGAAACUCAAACUCAAACUCAAACACCAAAACAAACCCAACAUGGAAUCUCCUCCAAAGCCACCACCAGACCUCCCAAUCACCACCACCACCACCACCACCACGCCCGCCACUCCAACCGCAAAGAAGCUCACUCUCAUCCCUCUAAUUUUCCUCAUCUACUUCGAAGUCGCCGGCGGCCCUUACGGAGAAGAACCUGCCGUCCAAGCCGCCGGUCCCCUUCUCGCCAUUCUCGGCUUCCUCAUCUUCCCUUUCAUCUGGAGUGUCCCUGAGGCUCUCAUCACCGCUGAACUCUCCACCACCUUCCCCGGCAACGGCGGCUUUGUCAUAUGGGCCGACAGGGCCUUUGGGCCUUUCUGGGGAUCCAUUAUGGGGACAUGGAAGUUCCUCAGCGGCGUCAUCAAUAUUGCAGCCUUCCCUGUUCUCUGCAUUGAUUACAUGGAGAAGAUAUUCCCUGCUCUUGAGUCAGGCUGGCCUAGGUACCUCUCUGUCUGUCUUUCAACUCUGUUCCUAGCUUUUCUCAACUUUACUGGCUUGGCCAUUGUGGGAUAUGCUGCUGUGGUUCUUGCUGCUGUUUCGCUUUCCCCUUUUAUAUUGAUGUCUUUGAUUGCCUUACCGAAGAUUAAGCCACAUAGGUGGUUGAGUUUGGGGCAGAAGGGUGUGAAGAAAGAUUGGAACUUGUUCUUCAACACUCUAUUUUGGAACUUGAACUUCUGGGAUAAUGUGAGUACUUUGGCAGGAGAAGUAGAAAAGCCUCAGAAGACUUUCCCCAAGGCUCUUUUUGUGGCUGUGAUAUUCACUUGCUUGGCGUAUUUGUUCCCUCUUUUUGCUGUGAUUGGAGCUGUGGAUGUUGAUCAGAACAGAUGGGAAUCAGGGUUUCAUGCUGAGGCUGCUGAGAUCAUUGCAGGGAAGUGGUUGAAGUAUUGGAUUGAAGUUGGUGCUGUGUUGUCUGGGAUUGGUCUUUUUGAAGCUCAACUAAGCAGUAGUGCUUACCAAGUUCUUGGUAUGGCAGAUAUAGGAUUCUUGCCUACGUUUUUUGGGGUUCGACACAAGAGGUUCGAUACCCCAUGGGUUGGGAUUUUGAUCUCCACCAUGAUCACACUUGGAGUUUCCUACAUGAACUUUACGGAUAUAAUUUCAUCUGCAAAUUUCUUGUAUAGUUUGGGGAUGUUAUUGGAGUUUGCGUCUUUCAUUUGGUUGAGGAGGAAGAUGCCAACAUUGAAGAGGCCUUUUCGAGUUCCCAUGAAGCUGCCAGGUUUGGUGAUCAUGUGUUUGAUUCCAUCCGGGUUUUUGAUUUUUGUGAUGGCUAUUGCUACCAAGACAGUGUAUUUGGUUAGUGCUAUAAUGAGCGUGUGUGGAGUUGGGUGGUUCUUUUUAAUGAAAUAUUGCAAGUCAAAGAAGUUGUUCAAGUUCAGUACUGAUGAAAUUGAAGAUAUUGAAGAAGAAUGACAAGAGAAGUUGUGUGGUUAAUGUGGAGUUGUAGAAGGAUUGUUCUUAUGUUUAAGUUAGAAGGAUUGUUCUUAUGUUUUAGUCAGAAUUUCGAAAGGCUUUCAGAUCAAGAAUUGUGGAUGAUUGGAUAGUUCUCCUGGUAUAACAUGUAAUACAGAAGCAAGAAACAGUUUUUAGGUGGCCUCAGUUUUAGCUGUCUCUUGGAUCUUAGUUGCUACAUAUAUCAAUUCACCCUUUGUAAUUCACCUUGGUGAUUUUACUAUUCGGAUUGUUGUUCC